AUUCACUAUAUCUGGUCUCCCACACUACACAGAACAUGGAAGUGCAAUUAUUUUAGUAAAACAAACUGCUAAAUAGCUUUUCUCAUCAGCAGAGUCGUCUUAGCACUGGUUAAAGCUUGUAGAGGGGUUUUCUUCCUGCUCUAGGAGGCUGCAGGACCCCUGACCUCUGUUUGGACAGUGCUGAUAGGCCCUUUGCUGAUCACAUGCACUCUCUACCAAUACACAAAAAACUGAGCAUGUGCAGAGUAUCUGCACACGAUAUGUCUUAUCAGGAGAUAAGAGGGGGACACUGGAAGAAGGGGAUGAUCAGAGAAGUCAGGAUCAAGCAGCAUUUUUAUGUAAUGAAGAGGAUUAACCCCUUAGGUUCCACAGUCAGUAUAACAAGCAUGCUUUACUGCAUUUAUGGGUUUUGUAACAUUUUAAGG